CAAAACCUCCACUCCACCACUCACCUGCCAGUUUUUCGCAGCUCCCUCGCUCACGCGCGGCAUCACGCCGGCCGGCUGGCCACUCCUGUUCACACCGCCGCUGCCUUUCCUUCCACGGCGAUCCCUCUCUCUCUCCGCGGACGCCAGCCAAAACUGGCAACGCCAUUCCAAUAAAAGGAUGCGCCCCUGCGCUAGCCGACGCCUUCCACCCGCAUUCCCCGUUCAGCUAAACCCUAGCCGUCUCCGGCGCGCAGAUCCACCAUCAGAGACGACGCUCGCCGGUCCUGAGGAGAGAUGGCCGACCCGAACUCCCAGCGGCUCGCCGCCGCUACGAAGGAUGUUCCGGCGACCCAGCAUCAAGCCGCGGUGACCGCGCCGCAGCCGCACGGAGGCGCUCUCGGGUUUUUUGCGGUGGCGGCGCCGAAGCAGGGCGCAGCCAUGGUUGCGCUGUCGUCCCCGCAGGGCGGUCCCGGGUUCGCGGUGGUGCCUCAGGGGGUCGAGAACGUGGCGGCUCCCGCGUCCCCGCAAGGCCCUCCGGGGUUUUGGGUGGCGCCUGAGCAGCCCGGGCCCGCGCCACAGCAAGGUGCUCCGGUGAUGGCGCCGCCGCAGAGCGCAACCAUGAUGGCUCCGCAACAGCAGCAUUUCGCGCCUGCGGUGGUGCCUACCUCCCAGCAACUUAUGCAGAUGCUCCUUCAAGCUGCGCCCAUGGGCAUGUUGUUGGCCUCGAUGCCCCAGCAAGCCCAAGCCCAGCCCAUGGCUGCUCACCAACCCGCUCAAGGUAUGGCGCCAUCGCAAUCCCUGCCCACGUGCCAUCCGCCCAUGAUGGAGAUGCAGCAAGCUCAAGCCGGACACAUGACGACACCACCACCACUGCCACUCGACCCUCUGCCAUUGAUGCAGCAGCAGCAGCACCAGCACCAGCGACAACCUUCACAAGCUGAUACAGUGAUAAUGGCGCAACCGCCUCUUCCUCUCGGCCCUCCACCUGCGAUGCUUCAGCAACAGCCUCGGCAAGGGGCCACGAUGAUGAUGCCACAGCCACCUCUGCCAUUCAACCCUCCAUCAGUGACACUGCAGCAAAAUUCACAGGGCAACCAGGUGAUGAUGGCACAGCCACAAUUUGCUGCUCUACCAUGCAAGCGCCAGCGUCUUGACCAAUAUGACAACACUCAUGAACAGCAUAUGACUGGCCAUCAGCAGGAAACAGCAAUAAUGAAUGCUGCAAUGGGACAAUCUUGUGGUCCUAACUUACACGAUGGGUUUCCAUAUUUUGGUGCACCUGAGCCCUCCCUUCCUCGAGAUGCAACAAGCACCAUUUAUGUUGAAGGUCUCCCUACCAACUGUACUAGACGGGAAGUAGCGCAUAUAUUUCGCCAAUAUAUGGGGUUCCUUGGAAUGAGACUGGUCAAUAAAGGAUCUAAUAGACAUUUGUGCUUUGUUGAUUUUGCAACCCCUGCACAAGCUUUUCUCGCCAUGAGAACUCUUCAAGGCUAUAGAUUUGAUGAACAGGACCCUCACUCACGCAUUUUGAAACUGCAGUUCUCUCACUCUCCUCGUAUGGGCUCACAUGGUGGGUCCUAGGCACUGAAUUGCGUGGAUCUAGUUUCCUUCUACACCGCCUUGAAUUCCUGAUAUCUUGACUUGGCAACCUUGGUCUUGAGUUUGUGAGGCUUUAGCUAGUCUGUGACGAACAAUUGUUGCAACUAAUGGUACUUAACUAUUGGAGGUUGCCUUGCUGUAUGAUAUGUUUUUGUUAUAUAAUGGUGCAAUGUGACAAGCAUGUUAUUGUGGAUUUCAUUCUCUACUUGGUGCUGAUGGUCUUGGGUCAUCCACUUCAUUGAUUGAUGUCGUCAGCUGGUAAAUGGGACUCUGAUUAUCUAUUGAGGGACGUGAGCCACAAUUUGCAGGUGUCUUGGUGGUUCCAGCCUGUUUUUGAACACAUUGGUUUGCAUGGUUGCCAUGCUCAUUUUGAUGUAAAUGAAUUCAUGAGAAUUUGGAUUACAGCAUAGUUUACAUGGAUCCUGUACCUGAUGAUGCUUUGUGCUUAGGAA